CGCAGUCAUGACGGAGCGAAACCUCGACAUCUUCGAGAGCAAACUCUCCGAUCCGAACACAGGUAUCCAAAGAUCGCCUUACGGUUCGUUUGUCGCCGCCACAGUCACUGACUAUUCGUCUNNAGAUCUCCGGACGAAAUGUAACUUCCUCAUCGAGAUCCGUGAUGGCAUGGACCACUGGUGCCAGGGCACUACCUACCCUGUCUUCCUGCAAAAGUUUGUCCCAGUCCUACUCGAUAUCCUCAGUAGCUCUCCAGUCUUCAUCAGCACAUCGCCGGAACAGCGACUACGAAACUGCGCCCUCGAGAUUCUGCAUCGUCUACCCAUGUCCACGCCGGACGUAACCGAUCAGUAUGCUCCACAAAUCGUCGACAAGCUGUUAGAGCUCGCACGUACCGAGAACGAGGACAAUGCUGUACUCUGCAUGAAGAUCAUUAUGGAGUUCGAGAGGAACCACCUGAAUUCAUGCGCAAGCAGAGUCCAGCCAUUUCUGGACCUCAUCUUGGAGCUAUUCCAGACCAUGGAUCAAACCGUCAAAGACACCUUCGACACACCAGCAGCUGUAGGCUCGUCUUCUGCUGUCGCGCCAGGUACACCGCAGUACAACUCUCCUAGGCCUGCAUCACCAGUCGCAUCAACAACAUCUUUGACUGCCGAUGUUGGCAAUGACCAACCACAAACUCGACAACUUCAAAAAGGAACUCAGUCAUUCAAGCUUGUAGCGGAGUGUCCUAUCAUCGUCGUCAGCAUCUUCCAGGCACAUCGUAGCAUGGUAGCGAAGAAUGUCGAAGCAUUUGUUCAUCGUAUCAAAGCAAUUCUUUCACUUCAGGCUGGACCGCAAAAGAGAGCACACGAGGAGGCCAAAGAGCGGGGAACAAGUUUCGUCGGCGUGGCCAAGGACAUCAAGAAUCGCGCGGCCUUUGGAGAGCUUGUCACUGCUCAAGUGAAGACCAUGAGUUUCUUGGCCUAUCUUCUGCGUGUUUACCAGAAACUUCUGACAGACUUNUUGCAAGAGCUUCCAGAGAUUGUCGUGCGCCUACUACAAGACUGUCCGAGGGAGAAGUCCAGUGCGCGUAAAGAGCUCUUGGUUGCUAUCAGACACAUUGUCAACUUCAACAUCAGAACCAUUUUCUUGCCGAAGUUGGACGAGUUGCUCGACGAACGCACCCUGAUUGGCGAUGGCUUGACGGUUUACGAGACAUUACGACCUUUAGCGUUCACUAUGUUGGCCGACUUGAUUCACCACGUGAGAGAACAAUUGAAACCAGCACAGAUCGAGAAGAGUAUCUUUGUCUACACAAAGAAUCUGCAUGACGAUUACCCAGGCACUAGCUUCCAGACCAUGAGUGCAAAGCUACUGCUCAAUAUGGCUGAAUGCAUGGCCAAGGUCGAAGACAAGCAGGACGCUCGCUACUUCCUUACCUUGGUUCUAAAUGCAAUCGGCGAAAAGUUCGCAUCGAUGAACCGCCAAUACCACAACGCUGUCAAAGCAUCUGCACAGUAUGCAGAGACGACGAUGGAGGCUGGUGCUGAGAAUUACCUUGCCGAUAUCAACCAGAAGCCCGAGUGGGAUGAAAUUGACAUCUUCAAUGCAACACCAAUCAAGACGAACAAUCUCAGAGAUCGUGGAUCAGACCCUGUGGCAGACAACAAAUUUCUAUUCAAGAAUCUCUUGCAUGGCUUGAAGACGCUCUUCUAUUCGCUACGCGCCUCUAAUCCGACCCGUAUCCGCGAUGAGAUGGACGCAGCCAACGUACCGCCUAAUUGGCAGGAUGUCUCUUACGGAUUUAACGCCGAGGAAGUCAACGUACUGAUCAAACUGUUCCAUGAGGGUGCUCAAGUCUUCCGCUACUACAACGCGGAGAAGACACCCGCAGAAACACCCAUGAUGAACCCAGUCGAGUUCUUGGCCAACAACCACAUGAUGAGCAGUGGAAAGGAAGAGAAAGACCUUCUCGAGACUUUUGCAACCAUCUUCCAUCAUAUCGACCCUGCCACGUUCCAUGAAGUCUUUCAAGCCGAAAUUCCACACCUCUACGAGAUGAUAUUCGACCAUCCUGCUCUUCUGCACAUCGCACAGUUCUUGCUCGCUAGUGAGGCAACAUCUCCUGCGUUUUGUGGCAUGAUGUUACAGUUCUUGAUGGGCAGACUAGAGGAAGUCGGGACUUCUGAUGUCCAGAAAUCAAGCGUGCUUCUCAGGCUCUUCAAGCUGUCUUUUAUGGCAGUGACCCUUUUCUCUGCACAGAAUGAGCAAGUACUACUGCCGCAUGUGACAAAACUCAUCACAAGGUCCAUCGAGCUGUCAGUAACCGCUGAAGAUCCAACAAACUACUUCCUUCUGCUCAGAUCGCUUUUCAGAAGUAUUGGAGGCGGUAGGUUCGAGAACCUUUACAAGGAAAUUCUACCUUUGCUUGAGAUGCUAUUGGAAGUACUGAACAACCUGCUCACGUCCGCGCGCAAGCCUCAAGACAGAGACCUCUUUGUCGAACUGUCUCUGACUGUACCUGCACGUCUUAGCCAUCUGCUGCCUCACCUGAGUUAUCUGAUGCGACCGCUCGUUGUGGCUCUCCGUGCCGGUUCGGAGCUUAUCGCGCAAGGUCUUCGCACUUUGGAGCUCUGUGUCGAUAACCUCACAGCAGACUACCUCGACCCUAUCAUGGCUCCCGUCAUUGACGAGUUGAUGGCUGCUUUGUGGGACCAUCUCAAACCUCAACCUUACAGCCACUUCCAUGCUCACACCACUAUGCGUAUUUUGGGCAAGCUGGGAGGUCGUAACCGUAAAUUCCUUACUUCGCCUCCUGCUCUAGAGUACAAGCCUUAUGCAGAUGACGAAGCCAGCUACGACAUCAAGCUUAUAGGCUCUAUGAAGGACCGAGCCUUCCCUGCGAGGUUAGGAAUUGACGUCGCUAUCGACAAGCUUAGAGAACAGCCAAAGGCAGCAGCAGCGAAGAAGUCUGAUGCUUUCCACAAACAACAAGCCCUCCACCUCGUCAAGGCUCAAAUCAAGCUAUUGGUUGGAUAUGAUUCUCUUCCAGAGGAUUUUGCAGGACUCGUUCGCUUGCAGGCAAACGACUUAUUUGACAAGAACUACGAUGUCGGACAUGACUUGUUCUCGAAAUCCGAGCGCGAGAAGUCAGUUGCUAAGAGAGAUGCUCAGCAAGCGACCCUGCUCAAGUUGAUCAAGGCUGCCAUGGUAGCAGCUGCAGUCCCCGAACUCAAACAGGACGUUACGCCCUUCCUGGAUGGUCUCUACAAGCAUUUGACAAUAAUUGAACUCGGCCGAUCUCUCGGUCAGGAGAAGCACGUCAAGCGACCCUUCGAGCCUUUGUCUGGCGAAGGUCCAGUCUUUGUCGAUAGCAGAGUAAUCGCCGAUGCAAUCGCCGAUAGCUUGUCUUCAGACUCUGCAGAUGUUCGCGAUGUUGCUUUCAACGCCUUGGACACCAUGUGGAAGUCGGCAGCCAUGAUCUUCGGAGCUGAAGACCGUGUCGAACGUUUGCCAUUCUUCCGUGACCUCGCGAAAUCUCUCAUUCACCACUGUUUCGAAGAAGAAUGGUUCUCAAAAUCUGGAGGUACCGCUGGUAUUGAUUAUAUUGUCAAUAGGCUCAACUUCAGCGCUGCGUGGUUGAAGGACCGCCAGCUCGAACUCAUUCGAGCACUCUUUUUUGUGAUGAAGGACAUGCCUCAAGACCUUCCUGCCAAUGUUCGUGUACAAGCCAAAGACGUGCUGCAGGAUAUCAUCAGAAAAUGCAACGAAGGGACGCCAACGUCUGAUAUUGGCACAGCGAACACUCUUCUACACAACGUGUCCAACAAGCUCGUUGGAGAAGUGUCACACAUGAAUCGACAUGUUCGCGAGGCCGCUCAAGAUGGUCUUCGAUUGCUUGCAGAAGUCGUUGGUGUCAAGCUCUACGAGAUCGUCAAGCCAGUCAAGGAGCUAGUCCUCCAGCCCAUCUUCAACAAGCCGCUUAGAGCGCUGCCCUUCGCUGUGCAGAUAGGAUACAUCGAUGCCUUGAACUUCUGCUUGGACAUGGAGAAUGAAGUCUUGCAAUUCGAAGACCGCCUCAACCGGUCACUCAUGGAGACAUUGGCUCUUGCAGAUGCUGAAGACGAAACCCUCGCACCAAAGCCGAUGGAGCAUAGAAGUGCCGAGUCAAUUGUCAACCUCAGGGUUUCUUGCCUUCGUCUUCUGACUACUGCAAUUCGCCUGCCUGCAUUCAACAACUCCCCCCACGCGCAACACCGUAGCCGUAUCAUCACGGUUUUCUUCAAAUCUCUGUAUUCUAGAAACAUCGAAGUCAAGACAACAGCCAAUGCCGGUCUGCAGAUAGUACUGCAAGCUACCCAGAAGCUACCCAAAGACCUCCUUCAAAGCGGUCUGAGGCCGAUCCUCAUGAAUGUUCAGGAUCCUCGAAAAUUGAGUGUCGAGGGACUUGAAGGUCUGCGCACGCUUCUCCAGCUUCUAACUAAUUACUUCAAGGUCGAGAUUGGUUCCCGUCUCUUAGAUCACAUGAAGCACAUUGCAGACGCCCAAAGCUUGCANAAGGUUUCGUUCUCGCUCAUUGAGCAGAAUUCUAAGAUGCGUGUUGUUACCGCUAUCUUUGGUGUCUUCCAUCUUCUUCCCGCCGCGGCUGUGCAAUUCCUCCCUACGCUGGUCGAAAGGGUACUGGAGCUUGAACGUAGUCUGCGCAGAACUCACUUCAGCCCUUUCCGCGAACCCUUGAUCAAGUACCUCAAUCACUACUCGAAGGAAGCAUUGGAGCACUUCAGUACGAACUUGAAGGACGAGGCAAAGGGCAGGUUCUUUGCCCAGAUCCUCUCGGACAAGGCAGCUGUACCUCUUCGAACAGCCGUGAUGGAAUCAGAUUCUUUCUGGGCACCGCUGACUGGAGAGGGCUUGACUGACGUCGAGAAAGAUCAAGCGGCAGUCAACGCUGUCCACGUUACUUUGUCUUUGUCAGAGUUUCCUGAGUGUCGUACUUGGCUCACAAACCAUGACAAGACGAGAUUGGCUCUGUUCGAAGCGGCCCAAUCACUACAGCAGAAGCUGCAAAACAAGACAUUGGCUUCGUCGCUUCGCCUGCCAGUCGAGCAAGUUGGGGACCACCUCAUGAUAAUUCUCACAAGAUAUCUGUCCGAAAAGCCGGACGAUCUGGACUUCUUCUUUGAUCUUGUCCAAGCCUGCGCCAACGAUGAGCUUGCAGAGUCACACCGCUUGUUCCACUUCAUCUACGAGUUCAUCAUCACCAGUACAUCAGUUGAGUACCAGCGCUCGGUCGCUGUGCGCUGCAUCGAUAUCUACACCAAUCGCCAGAAGACACCACGCAUGAAGUCAUUCGUGUUCCACUACAUCCUGAACCCCAUCUUUGCCAUGGACAUACAGCGCAACUGGGAGAGCCUCUUUGGCAACAACAAGGGCACCGAACUAUUCGACAAGUCCAUGACUGACAUUGUGCACUCGAAGUUGUGGAAACCGCAAGCCAACAGCGACAUCUCUGAAGACCCCACCCAGCCUGGCGUCGAUCAGUCAAGGAUGGAGCUGAUCCAGCUGACUUCUAUGCUCCUCAAAUACCACCAUAACAUGCUGUCUGAUGCACGCAAGGACGUAAUCAUGUUUGGGUGGACGUACAUCCGACUUGAGGACACCAUCAACAAGUAUGCUUCAUACGCGUUGAUUUCGUAUUUCAUUGCCCAUUACGAUACUCCCGCCAAGAUCGUUGUACAGAUCUAUGGCAAAUUACUGGGAGCACAUCAAGCCGAAGGCCGACCGCUGGUUAUGCAAGCUCUUGAGAUUCUUGAGCCUGUUCUUGUCAAGAGAACUGGCGGUGAACAAGCAAGAGCGCCUGCUUGGACUCGCAUACCUCGCCGCAUCCUUAGCGAAGAGACAUCCAACACUCCACAACUCACCAGUAUCUUCCAAUUCCUGGUCAGGCAUCCUGACCUCUUCUACGAGGCUAGAGAGUCUUUUGCAUCCAUGAUCAUUCCUUCGCUCAACAAGGUCGCUCAAUUACCCAAUCCUUCCACCGAGAACAAGAGGCUCGCUAUCAACCUCUUCAGCAUGAUAUGGCACUGGGAAGAACGUACCAUGAAGGAGAACGGAUCACUCUCUGGUUCUCAAUCUCCCGACAGCGAAGCACCUGCCACAAACAAGAAAGCCGCCUCAGCUUCAUACGCUCUUCGCACAAUGAUGAUCAAGUACAUGGUGAACUUCAUCGCCAUCCUGCCAGAAAGGUUCCCUGUCCCGAGCUCUACUGAUGAAGGUAAAGAUGCGAAGGAAGGCAAGGAGCGUCCCAGUCCGUCUUCCAACGAGACGAUAAGAAAGUCAUUGGAGUUACUUUGGCGUUUCUUAUCGCCAGGCUACUGGGAUGACAUUGAUGUCGAUGCUAUGUUCCCCAAGGUCACAGAGCAAAUCCUCCUUUCGGAACCCAAGCAGGAUGAGAAGAUGGAAGCCUGGACUAGCCGCGUCAUCAAUACCUUGCAAAUGCUUCGCUCGCUUGUCAAUGCCAAAUCUGACGAGUGGAUCGUUGCUCGUUUGCCUCAACUGCAAAAGUUGCUCGCAAAGCCGUUGAAGAGCGAGAGCGCCGAGAUCCAAGAUUGCCUGCAUUGCAACAAGCCAGUCGAAGGUUUCCCCGAGCUGAAGCCAUUGAUGAAGGCGAUUUUGGAUGCAGUUCCCUUGCAGCAAUCAGAAGAGGACUUGCCUGAUGCUGAAAGUCCAACCGAUGAGUUUGUCAACUUCCUCUCCACUCUUGCGGGUGAUUGUAUGUCAGCUACCGGCAAGGACACUCAAGCCCAGACCGCUGGUAUAAACAUCCUCUGGACUCUUUCGCAACGUAAGGCCGAUAGCGUAGACACUCAUAUCCCCGCUCUCCUCAAGGCCCUGCAAGGUAAUCUGGCGAAGAACCAUCUCGCAGCUCAGAUGCCUCAGCAAGUUGCCACUGCCAACGGAGUCGCAGCUCAGCCUCCUGCCAACCCUCAAGAAGUCGAUCUCAACACCGUGCUGAUUAUCAGAGUGAUCGAGAUGCUUUCAGCCCGUAUUGCCGCUCUUGGAGAACAGCGCAGACCUUAUCUGAGUGUGCUGGCCUCGCUCGUCGAGAGAUCUCAGAACAACACACUUUGCGAGAAAAUCCUCAGCAUGGUCGAAGAGUGGGUGUUCAAUUCGACAGAGCCGGUUCCUACUCUCAAGGAGAAGACCGCUGUGCUGCAAAAGAUGCUUAUGUUCGAAAACCGAUCAGACUUGACCCUCUACCACAAGUUCCUUGAUCUUGUCAUCAGGAUCUACGAGGAUCCCAAGAUCUUCAGGUCCGAGUUGGCUGUGCGCAUGGAGCAUGCUUUCCUUAUCGGCCUUAGAAGCCCUGAUAUUCCUAUGCGCACACGUUUCAUGACCAUCUAUGAUCGCAACCUCAGCCGUACGGCUGCCAAUCGCUUCUUCAAAUUGCUAGCCGAGCAACAAUGGGAUGUCCUUGCUGACAGCUUCUGGCUUAGUCAGGUCAUCCACCUCAUGUUUGGUUCGAUCGACAUGAACACUUCAUUGAAGCUUCACAACGAUGAUUUCAAGUGCCUGCCUGCCUCGAAGCUCUUCAACACACACUCUGGAGAUCCACGACUUGCUGAUCUUAUGAUUGAUUCUGAAUUUGAGAACUUCAUUGCAAGCCACAAGCGUUUUGUGCAAGAAUUGGGUGAAGUCAAGACGAAAGAUUUCCCACCACACGUCCUGAAGUUCCAGGCUAAGAACUAUAAUGCUUGGUACAGCGCAGCCACUUACAUUGAAGAGCUGGCAAUGAAGCCCAUCGUCGAUACUCCUGCUACUCGCGAGAGUAAUUUGGAUGCUCUGGUUGAAUUGUAUGCCACUCUUCAGGAAGACGACCUUUUCUACGGUACCUGGCGCAGAAGAUGCCAGUUCGUCGAGACCAACGCUGCUCUCUCGUAUGAGCAGAAUGGCGUCUGGGACAAAGCCCAAGCAAUGUAUGAGCAGGCACAGAUUAAGGCCCGUACUGGCUCGAUUGCCUUCUCACCUGGCGAGUACAUGCUCUGGGAGGAUCACUGGGUCUAUUGCGCAGAGAAACUUCAACAAUGGGAGAUCCUCGGUGACUUUGCUAAGCACGAAAAUCUGAACGAUCUGUUCCUCGAGGCAACCUGGCGCAACUUCGAUGCUUGGGAGGAGCCUGACAACCGAGCUCAGCUGGACACUAUCAUCAAGGCCGUCUCUGAUGCUCCUACACCUCGCCGCAUGUUCUUCCAAGCCUUCAUGUCACUGCUAAAGCUUCACAACAAGACUGAAACCCAACAAGACUUUAACCGCAUCUGCGACGAGAACAUCCAGCUCUCGAUCAAGAACUGGCACAAGCUUCCCAAGCAAAUAACACAAGCUCAUGUUGGGUUGCUACAGAACUUCCAGAACUUGGUGGAAUUGCACGAUGCAAGCGUGAUCUGCAGCAGCCUGGCCCAGACCACCUCUGCCAACCUUGAUGUCAAGAGUCAAGAGCUCAAGCUCCUUCUCGGUACUUGGCGAGACAGGCUGCCUAACUUCUGGGAUGACAUCAACUCGUGGCAGGACUUGGUCACCUGGCGUCAACAUAUCUUCCAGCUUAUUAACAGAACAUACUUGACACUGCUACCAUCGACGAACCAGGGCAACGCCACUGGUCAGUCGUAUGCUUACCGUGGCUACCAUGAGACUGCUUGGAUUAUCAAUCGCUUUGCCCAUGUCGCUCGCAAGCACCAGAUGCCUGACGUCUGUAUCACGCAACUGAGUAGGAUCUACACUCUGCCCAACAUCGAGAUUCAAGAAGCCUUCCUCAAGCUGAGAGAGCAGGCCAAGUGUUGCUAUCAGAACCGCAACGAGCUCACCAGUGGCUUGGAUGUCAUUAACAAUACCAAUCUCAACUACUUUGGUGCUCAGCAGAAGGCCGAGUUUUACACACUGAAGGGUAUGUUCCUAGCCAAGCUCAACCACAAGGAAGAAGCCAACGACGCAUUCGGUACUGCUCUCUACUUUGACAUCAAGCUUCCAAAGGCGUGGAGUGAAUGGGGUAGAUACAACGAUAUGCUCUUUAAGGAAAAGCCUGACGAGAGCAUCGACAAGGCUAGUGCUGCCAUCAGUUGUUAUCUCGAAGCCGCUGGUCAAUACAAGAGUGCCAAGUCAAGGAAGCUCCUUAGCAGAAUUCUCUGGCUUCUCAGUUUGGAUGAUGCAGACAACACACUCGCAAAGGCAUUUGAGAACUUCAAGGGAGAAACUCCUGUAUGGUACUGGAUCACCUUCAUUCCUCAGCUGCUCAACAACUUGUCUCGAACUCCUAGCGAGGCCAACAUCGCUCAUGGAAUCUUGAGCAAGCUCGCAAAGACGUACCCUCAAGCACUUUACUUCCAGCUGCGCACCAGUCGUGAAGACAUGUCGGUCAUCAAGCGAAGUCAAGAGGCAAAGGAAGCUAAAGAGAAGCAAGCAAGGGCCAAGCAAUCUGGAGGUGCUACGCCAGCUGAAGGUGCCAAGCCAGAGACGAAGCCCAAUGGGGAUUCUGCCAGUGCAACUCCUCAGCCAAAGGUCGAAGGUCAAGAUGCAAGCCAGGCGCCGAAUUCUGAGGCCGCUGAGCCAGCGAAGCCCAAGAAGCCAUGGGACCACACCGAAGAACUCACGCAGACGCUCAAGACGGCGUUCCCUUUAUUGGCCUUGUCGAUGGAAACUAUGGUUGACCAGGUCCAAAAGUAUUUCAAGUGUACUCUGGACGAGGAUGCAUACCGUCUUAUCGUCGCUUUGCUGAACGAUGGCUUGGCAUAUGUCGGCAGAUACCCGACCUCGUACGCUCAAGGCGUGAACUUGCCGCCUUCCACCGAGGCCAAUAUCACUAGAUUCGCGGAAUCUAUCUUGCCAGCUCACAUCCGCAAGUCGUUCGAAGCCGACUUUGUGACCAAAAAGCCAUCGAUGUUCGAGUACAUCGCCAAGCUACGCAGGUGGAGAGACAGAUUUGAGGAAAAGCUCGAUCGCAGAACAUCUAAAUGGCAUCUCGAACAGACUACUCAUUUGGCUGAAUUCCGCUUCUUGAAGUUUGACGAAGUCGAGGUGCCUGGGCAGUAUUUGCAGCACCGUGAUAAGAACCAAGACUUUGUCAGGAUUGAGCGAUUCCUGCCCGAUGUUGAGCUCGUCAGAGGCGUCACUGGCUGUCAUAGAAGACUGACUAUCCGUGGUCACGAUGGAAGUGUGCAUCCAUUUGCCAUUCAGCACCCGACAGCCAGGCACAGCAGGCGCGAGGAAAGAGUUUCGCAGUUGUUCAGGAUCUUCAACAGCAUAUUGGCGAAGAAGAAGGAGAGUAGACGUCGCAACUUGCAGUUCCAUUUGCCCCUAAUGGUUCCUUUGUCUCCUGGAAUCCGCAUGGUUCAGGACGAUGCUUCGUACAUCAGCUUGCAAGGGAUCUAUGAAGACUAUUGUCGCCGCAACGGUAUCAACAAGGACGACCCGGUCUUGUUCCAAAUUGACAAGCUCCGCGCCUUGACACCGCAAAAACCUGAGCAGGCUGCAAGCAUUCGCUUGGAGACUUUCAACGCAAUUCAAGAAAAGUAUGUUCCGAGCGAUGUUGUUCAGGACUACUUCCAGCAGACGUACCCUUCGUACGACUCGCUCUGGUUGUUCCGUCGCCAAUUCUCUGCACAAUUGGCUGCUCUGACGUUCAUCACAUUCACCAUGCACAUGACGAUGCGCUACCCUCACAAGAUGUCCAUCUCACGCGGUACUGGUAACAUUUGGGGAUCAGAGUUGGUUCCUGCAAUGGCUGCCGCCAAGCCAUAUUUCCACAAUCCUGAAGCAGUGCCUUUCCGUCUUACCCCCAACUUGCAGACUCUGAUGGGCCCGAUCCACACUGAGGGUAUCUUCGUCGCUGCUCUGAUGGCCAUCGCUCGCUGUUUGACCGACUCGUCUUCUUCGCCCACAACCUCGACUCCACCCGCCGUUCCUACGCCUACCAACUCAGGUAACGGUGGCAACAAUCAAGACGAGACGGAGAGUAACACAUCAGACCUCGAAGGCCAAUUGAGCAUUUUCAUCCGCGACGAGAUGAACUUCUGGUCGUUGCAGCAGCAUAAGCAAAGCAUUAAAGAUGGUGAACUGCGCGAGCACGUGUACCGCAAUGCUACACACAUUGUCAAGAAGGCAGUCGCCAUGGCCAAGGAGCCGGAUGCAAAGAACUUACCUGCCAGUCAGAGCGUGCUGGACCUGGUGGCCAAGGCUACCGAGCCCAAGAACCUUUGCACAACUGACGCGCUCUGGCAGGCUUGGCUG